AAAGGCGUCGUUUCCCAACGCUACAUUUCUAUAGUUCUCAGGCUCGAGAGCUGUCUUAUGUUAUAGCUCGCUAAGUAGGCUACUGGUUUGUGCGAGCAUACUAGCUAUAAAAUGAGUUAAACAUUAACAUUGAUGAAAAGUGGCUUGAUUGUAUCAUUAAGCGAACGGGAGAUACAGCUAUCCAAAAUGAAUGUGUGCGGUCAUCUCUUAGUACUUUGUGUUUUAUUAUUGGAUUUUCAAGAUGUUUUCUGUAACGAAUUUGGCCACGACGAGAUUUCAGGUGGCGAAUUCUUCAAGUUUUGGCGAAACUCAAAACAGCGAAGAAGUGUGAAAUCUUUUGGAGAUGCAAGACUGGAGACUGGAGAUCAGACGCCACAAAUUAAACCGCAGUUUGAAUGCGGCGACCGAGUCUUAACAGUGUUUAUAAGGCAAGCCGAUGUCAUCAAUCUCGGAAUUUAUGAACCGCUUGGAAAACUGCUCCCCUUGGACCAGUUAGCAGCUUUUUGUGGUGUUUCUAUCAGGACCACACGCACCGAUGUCCGCAUGCUAUUCAGCUAUGAUUCAUGUUAUGUGAGACACGAGGAAUCUGAAUAUAUAUUGUCUCUGAGCUGGUAUGGGACAGAUCAUGUCCUGUCCUGUCCUGCAAGUGUGACCCCUCCCUCAGUUGUCUGUAAGGACAAUGCCAUGGAACUGACUGUUGUUGAUGGGACAGCAGAUAAACUGUCAGUUGCAUUAAAUGGGGAAUGGGCACCUCUGCUUUAUGUGGCCACUGAAUGCUGGCGGAGGGAGCAGUCUAACCAGGGAGAGCUCACAUUCUCGGUUCCAUAUACAAGCUGUGGUGUCAACUUCAGGGGAGGUCACUUCAUCCUGGAUUUAAGAUCAAAAGACAAAAUUACCUCACUGUCCUGUCCAUAUAAGCCAAUACCAGUGUUUCCAGUCAAGGACUCAGGGGUUUCUAAGAUAACCCAACCCCUGCCACACAAGCAACCCAGUGUAUACCAAAAGCCACCAACUGUAUUUCCUAUGAAAGCAAUUGACAGUCAGAUUGUGAAGCAGAAGCAAGCAUUUCCUAGAACACUCUCUCUACAAGCCAGAAGUCAUUGGAUGCCUAAGUUGCCAUCUUUGCCUGGCUCUUUUAAUCUGGCUGUAAACUUCCCAUUUUCAGUCCCCAUGCCAACGCGGCCAGUGCCUCUGAGACGUUUGACAAGUAAAUAUGUGGCACCCACUCCUGCACCAACCCCUGAACCGACACCUGAACCGACACCUGCUCCGACACCUGAACCGACACCUGCUCCAACACCUGCUCCAACACCUGAACCGACACCUGCUCCGACACCUGAACCGACACCUGCUCCUGUCUAUACCUCUACCCAAGAACUUGAUGCUUCAGUCACACAGGCUCCUGAAUCUCAACCCCAAUACAUGCCGUAUCCUUAUUUCCAAAAACCUGCUUCAGCUCCUCAAUUUGAGCCUUAUUCUGCUCAGAAAUAUCAAACUUCAAUGGUGCCGGUCCAAAGUACUUCACUGUAUCAGCCUUUUGGGUCAGCUCAGAACUACAAUGUUCCUAGACCUGAUCCACUUCAAGUAAAUCCUUCUCUUGCCAGUUUAGCACAGUAUCUUCCACCUGGGUAUUUCAUAUGCUCUUACAAUCAACAACCUGAGAUGUUUCAGCCUCCUGUUCCAAAUCCUGCUCAACCUUUACAGUCUCAACCCAGUUAUCAAAGGCCUGACAUUACUCCGCUCACACCUGCUAAUCCUGCUGCCCCUCCCGUGAAAGGUUACUCAAAACCGCAACUGACAAGUACUGUAGCUUCUAGCCCCUAUGAUUCUGGUAGUGAACUUUUCCAGCCAACUCAACGUUUCCAACCUCAACAGUACUCAUACUCUUACCAAAGUCGUAAUGGCCAUCAGGGUUCCUCUACAACUCUCUUAUCCCCUACUUCUCCGCUUAUUCCCACAAAUCUGCAGUCUCAACCAAGGCGUUAUCUCUCUUACCCUGCUUUUCAAGAUGCAAGACCCUUCCAUCCAGAAUAUUACCAAAAGCCUGGUCAACCUAGUGAGUCAGUCCAACAGCCUUGGUCAACCAGUAACCUUCCUGUAAAUGGGCUGUCUCAAGAGUCAAAACCAUUGACACUAGCUUCAAGCCAAACACCUGAGUAUCUCAAGUAUCAGACUGGUGGAGAUCAAUCUCCAGAUCUUUAUCAGAGGCCUGUUGUCUAUACCUCUGGCAUGGGAAUCUCAAGUCAAUCACAAUACCAGCCCAGUCAGUUUUCCACAUUCCCACGUCGACCAUUGAGACCAGAGGUAACUUCAGCUGAUGUUUACAGAAAUACUGGAUCUAGUCCUAUGGGAUUUUUCCAGCCACGAUCUAUAGCUCCAGUUCCAAGUCCAAAGGCCCCAACGUUUACAGGCAAUCAUCAGAUUACAUCCUUUCCACCACCCAUGCCUCGUUUUUUUCCUGUAAAGGGUGGUGCACAAGUUGCACAACUUCCUUACAGUCAGGGACCUUCAGUAAGGGGCAUGUGGAAUCCCCAUGUCCACCCUGAAAGAACAAGUGAACCCAGCAGUCAGAAUCCUCAAUGACACCCUGCCACAAAACCAACUGUACAGACGGGGUGUUGUGUCCCCACGCUUCAGGUCUACCUCCUAAGUGCAACUGCCAAGAAAGGCAUCACACUCAAUCUUAUUUCUACAGUCCUUCAGCUGAAGCGCACAAUUAAAAUGUGGACUGGAUUGGUGUACAACAAUGUUUUUGAAAAGAUUGUCUUAAUAAACUGUCUUUUGAGAAGUUGUUUAACUGAUUUCAAGGUUUUGAGAAAAAUAAUUGGUAUGGUGGUGUGAAAUUGAUGAUUUAAACCGUGUAUUCUACUGAAUGUAAUAAAUAUUUUGUAAACUGUA